CAACAAGUUUAACGCUCGAGACUCACCGUACAUAACCGUAAAGCUUUCUCUUUCUCUCUCUCGGAGGAACUCUCAGAAACCAUCGUCGUCGCCACCAUCACCGCCAUGGAAGGAGGCGGAGGAACGCUCUCGGAGGUUCACCAAAAUGCGAAGAAGCUCUUGUUUAGGUCCCGCGCCAACCUCGAGCGCCUCGAGGGUCCCGCAACCGCCGCCGCCUCCGUUGCCGGUGCCGACUCUGAGCUCGCGUUCGCCGUCAAGAAGGACAUCACUCAGAUCCAAUCCCUCUGCGUCGAGAUGGACCGCCUCUGGCGAUCCGUCGCCGCCAAACCUCAGCGCGAUCUCUGGAAAAGAAAAGUUGAACAAAUAGCUGAAGAGGCUGAAUUGCUAAGAGAGAGUUUGGAAAAAUAUAACUCAAGAAAUCAGACACGGAUGAGAGAAGCUAGAGAGAGAGCAGAACUGCUGGGACGAGCUAAUGGGGAUUCUGCUCAUGUUUUGAGAAUUUUUGACGAGGAAGCACAAGCAGAGCAGUCAGUUCGUAGUUCUGCUAGGGAGCUGGAAAAUGCUAAUGCAAUUGGGGUGGCCAUCCUUUCUUCAAUUCAUGGCCAAAGGGAACGCUUGAAGAGUGCACAUCGUAAAGCCCUGGACGUCCUCAAUACAGUGGGGAUAUCAAAUUCUGUUCUGAGGCUAAUUGAGAGACGGAACCGUGUAGACCAAUGGAUCAAAUAUGCAGGAAUGCUUUUGACUGUCAUUUUCUUGUUUGCCUUUGUUUUGUGGAGGCAUUGACCAUAGAUGUUGAAAAUCUGAUAUUACCCAAGUUUCUGUGAGAAGCAUGUAAAAGUGUGAUACAAAGUCUAUCUGGCUGUGCUGCAAAACAAAGGAAAACUUGUGCACCCUACGAUAACAAACAGAAGGCUAGAAACAUAUAUGUCUAGGUUACUUUUGAUUUGUAAUAUUUGUUUUUAUUUUCCAUAUUAAAAUUUCAUACCCAAGGGAUGCUGAUACAAUCAGUACUGAUAUUUUGUAAGUGUUGAGGAUGAUUAGUAUGUCCCGUUAUAUAAAUUGGGAGAAUUACC